CUCAAACGAAAGUAAAAUUUUGACUCAAAUUCCCAACCUACCACCCACGCCGCCAGUCGCGUGCCAGCUGAAGUUCAAGUGCAGUAAUCAAGAGUGUGUUGUUAAUCAGAACGAGAUUAUCGCGAUCGUCGCGUGCAUCGGAGAACUACGGAUAUCUGGCAAUCUUCGGUUUUUAAUUAUAACACGAACCAACAACUACCACCAUCUUCGUGGGUAGGACAGACGCCAGAGAAGAAAACAAAAACGCCAAUGGAUAGCAGAAUACGACCGCUCAGCUCAUCGGCAGUUUGCUUGGCGGUGGUUUUAUGCAUUGUUACCACCGGUUCGCUCGUUGAAUCACAGACCAUUGAGACAGUCCCGCCCAAGCUGUACGUGAAAACCCUCUCCAAGGACGUCAAUCUCCUAUGUCGAAGCAGCAAACCCGCCACCGCCUGCAGUGUGAAAAUCCCUGGCUUCACCGGCACCUAUGACGUGCACAAUCUUCCCGAUGGAUUGGGAUAUUACGGAAAUAGUUUGCAGCGCGGCGAUUGCGGGAUCACCUUCUUCACGCUCAAAUCGGUGAACGAGGGCAAAUUCCAGUGCAACAUGACCAUUGGCGGAGAGGUGUUCAUGGAAACGAUCGAAGUGGUCCUCACGAUAACUCCCGAGCCUACGGAUAUUGAGAUCGGAGAGAAUGCGAUCGUCGAGCAGGGUGCUUUUGCGCCGAAUCAAACUAUUAGAGUAAAAUGUACGUCACGGGACGCGGUUCCGGUGGCGAAUCUUACCUGGCUGCUGGAUGAAAAGCAGAUUGAUGGCUCGAUGAUUGGCCCGUUGGAGUUUAGCGACAGGGUCGAUAAGAAGGGGAAGAAUUUGACGACGGUGACACAGGAGUUGAAUUAUUUUAUCACUUCGGAGGAUCACGGGAAAAAGAUCAUUUGCCGGGCGGAACACUUUGCGAUCAAUAAAGGGUAUUACCGGGCGUUCCUUCCGCUGAACAUUCGAUUCUCACCGGAACGAGUUCCCACGAUCUACAUCGGUGACGGUGAGCAUACCAUGGUAAACAUCACGAUCAGAGCAAAUCCACGGCCGAGGACGUCGUGGAAGGUCGAUGGCAUGACGAUCAUCGAAGGUCAAAGCACAGGACCAUACCAAGCCUAUUACCCAAGAGAUAUGGGUUUCGGAAACUACCUGGUCCUGUUGAGGAUAAACGAGCGAACGGAGCAGACGGAGAUCUUCGAACUGACUGCCACCAACGAGCUGGGGUCGCAAGUGUACGUGAUCAAAGCGAGCAAACAGGGUGCCGAACCCGAAGAAAUACCACCAUCCCCAGGACGAGCCACCACCUUUUGGCUCAUCAGCAUAUGGACGUACUUCUGUUCUGUGAUAGUGACCUGUCUGUUGAGAGUUCCAUAAAAUAGUUCCUCCUAGCUCAGCCAUCGCUCCACCGGAGUGAGACCACUUUGCUCGCCAGUUGACACCCCGACCGGGGUGGUUUCAGUUUGCGAGCAAAGUGGGCCUCCUUCGGACGGAGAUUCCAGUAUUAUAAACGCAUAGAUAACCAUCGUCGUGAAUCUUUUCUAACGAGCGAAUAUCGCCAUUUUUUGUUUUUUUUUUCUUUCUAGAGGCUUAUGUGUUAAGCAAAAUUUAGUGAUAGUUAAUUUAUUAAAAGCUAAAGAAUUUAUCCACUGUCGACUCAUAG